CUGGAUACUUUGAAUCAUUGAUCAAAUAUUGUUGCAACACUUUUCCGAUGUUGAACGAGCUGAUUGUGUGGGAGCACAAACAUUGCGUGGAAAUAUUUCCACAUUUUCUCUCCAUCUCUUUCCAUUUCCCGAGAUAUCUCGUCCGAAUUUUCCAGCUGAGACUUUAGCCAGUAGUCUAGAUGUCUCCACAGUGGAAGGCAAUGGACGCAAUGCGUCGGGACGCUUUUGCGGACUAAAAUAUUAUAUACGAUUCUCUGUAAGUGUUUUGCAAGUGAUUUCCUCCUUUCCAAUUGAGUAGUUUUAGACCAACGUGCAAUAAUCUAAGGUAGACACUUAUAGCUAGGUUAGUGUGAAACGUUUCAGUGAAUAAUGGCAGUGGAAAUUUUCGACCAAGACCAUUUCGCUAUUAGCGCAAUAGUCACCGUAACAAUGCAAGUAGUGUUCUUCCUAAUUGUGGCAUUAUUCGACAUGGAUAAAGUGACCGACUUUGCUGGCGGAAUAAACUUUAUAGUUUUAGCCCUACUAACUUUUUUUCUGGGCCAAGGAGGAAACAAGAAAACCUACGACAGCAGGCAACUGAUGGUUACAACUUUUGUGUGUAUUUGGGGUCUUCGAUUAUCAGGAUAUUUAUUCUACAGGAUUAUCAAGAUUGGAAGAGAUAAACAGUUCGAAGACACGAAGAGUAACACUAUUCGGUUUGCGAUAUUUUGGACGUUUCAGGCAAUUUGGGUUUACGUCGUUAGUCUUCCAGUGAUAAUAAUCAACUCUCCAAGACAUUCAAUCCCUUUAGCUCCCAAAACCAUGACCACUUUGGAUUCAACUGGAACCUGCCUAUUUAUAAUCGGAUUUUUAGCGGAAACUUAUGCGGAUUUGCAGAAGUUUUCGUUUCGGCAAGAUCCCGUGAAUCAAGGCAAAUGGUGCAAUGAUGGUUUGUGGAGAUUAUCCAGACAUCCAAACUACUUUGGAGAAAUAGUGCUCUGGUGGGGAAUAUUCGUGAUAUCCUUAAACGUCCUUGAAGGAAUCGAAUGGGUGGCAAUCAUGUCCCCCAUAUUCACCAGUCUGAUAAUAUUGUUCCUAUCAGGGAUUCCCCUGCUAGAACGAUGCUCUGAUGAAAAGUAUCGCGACGAUACUGAUUAUCGUUACUACAAAUCCUCCACUUCACCACUAAUCCCCAUUCCGCCAGCGAUCUACGAGGAAGUGCCCCAGUUCUUAAAGUUUAUCAUUUGCUGUGAAUAUCCUCUAUACGACUCUUUGAAUGAGAAGUCCAAGACGAUGCACAUAAUCAAAGAAUCCACCAGCACCAACUUGGGACAGUCGGAAACAUAGCUGUAGCUGACGGUUGGCCAAGAUCUUCCUCAGAUCAGCGUCACCGAACCAAUCAACCGUUUCAAUUAUUUGGGCAACUUGUACGACUACAAAAGCCAAAAUCCACCCGACUACAUGGAUCAGGAGGAAGAUCAUUAUCAGGUGAAAGACUACGAAUUUAGAAACAUUAGCGUUGUGGUCAAGGAGGGCCAUUCGCAGCUGCAAGAUCAGGUUUCAGAGGUUUGAACCACAAUGAUCUUUUGACUUCGAAUAGAGACAUUAGACAUUGUAGCUCUUAGUUCACUGGAUGGAAAUAUGACAAUAUACAUUCUUGGAAAGUUUGUACAUAUCAAAGACCCUGAUUGCAUUUUUCGGUAGCGGAAAUAUUCAAAUGCAUGCCCAACAUUGCUGUCUAUAGUUCUUUAUAACAAUAACGUUCAUUAGGUUGUAUGUAUAAGUAUAGAUGGAUAUAAGCGCAAUUAUUACAUUCACACUGUUGAGAAAGUACCAUCUUUUAAUCAAAACAUACACUUUUUGCAGAAUUUAUAAGCCAAGAUGCUGCUGCAGGAUAUAACAGUUAAUGUAACAGUAAGUUUCCUCAUAAAACACAGUUUCUCCCAUUGGCCAGCAGAAUGUACCGAUCUAUUCCACAUUGAUGACAUUUGAUUGACAAAAUGGGCCAAAGUUCACAAGACACUCGAAUUUUGCCAACUUUUCAUAAAUUCUUGAGUUUUGCGAUCAGCUGCAAGUCGUGUUGUUAAUGAGGCAGUAAGUUAGUGUUUACUCUAAUUUAAUCAAACUUUGAACUAGAAAAAUUGUUGAGCAUUGAGGAAAUCCACGUGAAAAUUGAUACGCACAACUGAUAAAGCAAAGUCUUCUGCAUCAAAUAGUCUAAAAACAGCUUUGAAGCUCAUCUUUAAUUUAAUUGACACAUUUUAUGAAAAACUUGAGAAAUUCAACGCUUUUCAAUGCAGCAAUGACGACUAAAAAAGCAAUUUUGUCUAUUAGUUCUUAUAGAAAAAAUUAGCAAAAAUAGAGAAAAAUUACCAGCACCCAGAUUUUUUUUCGUCAAACGCUCGCAAAACAACCUUCAAGUUUAAUUUCAAAUCCUUAAUUUUCCUGGUCGAUUUUCGAAAGAAAAACUUGUAACGGAAGUUCCAAAAGUAAAUGCUAAUCGUCAUCAAAAAAAUUGUCAAAGAUUGACGAAAAUUAUCACUGGCAAGACUGCAACAGUAAUUUAGUGAUUUAUUAGCGAUUUAUUGGGAAAAAACUUCAAAAACAGAGAAAAAUUACCUAAAAAUCGACACUUGCACAACUAGAAAAGCCAAGCUUUCUUUAUCAAAUAGCCUAAAAACACCUUUAAAGCACUUCUUUAAUUUAAUUCGCACAUUUAUGAACUUGAAAUCUUAUAAAUGGCCAAAAAUCAAUGGAAAUUUCCACUAAAUUAGUGAAUUCAAAGAAAUAAUUGUUUUUUUAGGAAAUAGUCUCAAAACAGCUCUGAAGUUAAUAAUGCACUAAAAAACUCAACAACAGCGAAAUGUAACAGAAAUUGAAAAAUUCAAAGCUUUUAAAUUGACAAAAGUCGACGAAAACUGCAAGUAAAUCGAAAAUAGCAAGGUUCUAACAGGAAUUUUAAAGAAAAAUAAUUUGUCAAAAACAGAGAAAAAUCAACAAAAAUCGGCACUUACACAACUAAAAAACCAAAUCUGUUUUUAUCAAAGAGUGCAAAAACAACCUUAGUAUUUUAUUGUUUAUUGAUUCGCAAAUUUUGAAAUGUUAAUCAUUUGAAAAUACUGAAUUUAGAUCAAAUUUGUGCAGAAAAUUGCAAUUUCAACAGACUAAUUUGGUGUAUAAAUAUCGGUCUUGUAUAAGUAUUCAUUCAAUUCAAAUCCAUGCGUGACUGCAACUGUCAGACUUUUUAUUAAAGCCCAACUAAAAAACCCGUAAUUCAAUUUGCCAUUGAUAAAUUGCUACAAAAUCAACCAUUUUUUGCAGAUGUUCUAAUUUCUUCCAAUAUUUCUAUAUAUAAAACAUCGUUUACCAAGCUGUAUUUACUAAAUUUUAAAUCCAAAUUAUUUAAUAGUGCUAAAAAAGUACUUAGUAUCUAUCAUAGAGCUAAAACCGUUUGGAUUAAAUAUAAUUUUAAUAACAAACCAUUUGAACAUCCAUAAUUAAAGGACAUCCAUAAUUAACAUUUUUAAAACCCCAUUACAAACCUUUUUAUUUGAUUAAUUAACUACAACUUUAAUUUAUUAUAACAUUUUUUCCUAUGAUGUUAAUUCUUUACCGACGUUGUUUUCGGAAAAACUCAUAAAAAAUCUUGAUUCUACGUUUGGGACUUAUUUCCAUACUAAGACAUUUGAAUAAUACUAAAAAAGUACGGAUAAAAUGGAAGUAGAUAGUCAAUAAAGAAGCCGCAAAAACUUAUACCUGGAAAUAAACUGAACGAGCAUUAUUUUAUUUAUGUAUAUGUAUGUACUUAUAUGAAAUUUUUAUAAUAAAUUUGUUCAUUGCUCGUCAAAUUUAAUUUAAAUUCACUAAUACGUUUAAAAAAAUUGUUGAAUAUUAUGUACUUAUCGUCUGCCUAGCAAUUAAUGUAAUAGUUGCGCUUACAUCUUUUAUCUUGUAUACUUUAUAAUAUUUCCGAGCCAAACUAAGCUCACACCUACAUACAUAUAAAGAAUGGUCAAAAAUGAGCAACAAAAAAGUGAUAAAAUAGAGAGAUUCAAUAUUGUUUCUCUACUUGUUGUAACCUGUUAAUUAAGUCUCGUUUCUAUACAGGGUGUCCCACCGAGAACCGCCGCGAUCGAUAUCUGGCAAACUAUAAUUAGGAGAAUUUUGAAAAUUGGCCAGUGUGUCGAAGUCAUUGGGGGCACGCGAUUUAAAAUAUUUUCAAGAUGGACACACUUCCGGUUGUACCGGAAGUAGAUAUCAACUUGCCAAUUUUAAAUGGAACACCCUGUAAAUUAUUAGAUUUUUGGAUUCUACUCCAAAUUAGCCUUAUUGGCCAUUCAGAAUUCUUCAGGAUAUUCUUCACGUUUUAGAUGGGUUUCGGUUAGAAAACCCGAUUUGAGGUGUCAUAGAGUAAAUGUCAAAAUAACAGAAUUUAGCCACAUACAGGGUGUUUAUCCCGAAUAAGACAAAAUCAUGAAAAAUGGGGGAUUUCCAUUUGAAAAAAUUGAUUUUAGGCGGUUUUCUCAACUUUCUUUGGAAACUUAUUUGUUUAACACUUUGGUAUAGGUAUAGGACAUGAAAUACAUUUUGAAUUUGGAGUAGAAUCCAAAAAUCUCAUAAUAUAAUGGAACACCCUGUAGAAGUUGAUCGAUAAUAUAUAGAAAAUUUGUGUAUUAUUACUAAAAUACAUAGACUGAUAUAGAAAACAUAUCGCGGAACGCAUUUUCGAUAUGUGCAUGUGCCAAAUGGCACCAACUGUAAAUUCGCUUAAAAAUGCAAGUAAUGUAUUUUUAGAAACGUCUUAAUUUCGUAAUAAUUAUUACACUACUUAGUAGAAUUACGAUGAAACAGUUCUAACGUUCACAGAACUCAACAAAAGGAAUUACAGUAGAGUUAAAUGUAGAUACGUUUACCUAAUUAAGUCCUUCAAGAAUUCAAAUUUAUUGGUGCUAAAUAUCGAAGUGAAGAGUAUAUAGAUAGGGUGAAGCUAACGAGUAUUUUGUGAACCAGAUGUAACAAAGGCAGAAAAAAUACCGGUUGAAGUGUUGCAAAGGAAAAAUAAUAAAAUUAUUAGAAGCAGA